UGCGAAAAAAGGUCUUAAAGAGUUAAAAAAAAUUGUGACUUAUUUCACAUUCCCACAUCAAUUAUAAUUCCAAUCGCACCAAGAAUAUCACUGAUUAAAAAAAAAAAAAAAAACAUACACAUACAGAACAAGAGCACGUGAUGUCAAGCAUACAAGAAUGUACAGUGACGAAAGAUAAAUCACACCACGUGAAGAAAAAAGAGAUCGGUUACUUUUCUUUCUACUUCGUCUUCGCAAUGACUGUUGUCAAUCUCUGACAACCGGUCUGAAACAACGCGUAAAAAAAGAAAACGUCUUCGCUCUCAACGCAAUACAAUUUAUUUCUCGUGUAUUUACGUUGAUUUCUCUGAGUUUAUCGGCUUGUGCGAUGUAAUUUAUCCUAACCUUGAAGUUGAAUCAAAGUGUCAAACCAAAGUGUAAUCAUACACAUUCUAAACUUAAUUAUAUGAUAACAAAAUAAAUAAUAUAACAAAUAUCAUAACAAAUUGAAAUAAAUAAUAUAAUUAGUAAAUGCGUGAAGCAACAAGAAGAUAUUGCUAAGAAAAUUAAUUAAAACAAACAUGAGCUGUGGCAAGUCGUUGAGCAAGCUUGUAGAGAAUUCAAUCAGAACGAAGCUGGAAGCCGCUCUGAAACCCGUACACUACGACGUUAUUAAUGAAUCUUACAUGCAUAAUGUUCCUCAAGGUUCCGAGACACACUUCAAGGUAAUAGUAGUGUCUGAAAAAUUUGACAAUCAGCCACCGAUCAAGCGGCACCGUAUGAUAAAUGAAUUGUUGCAAGCUGAACUGGAAAGAGGUGUACACGCCCUGUCCAUAGUAGCAAAAACACCUGAACAAUGGGAAACAAGCAACAAAACAAUAACGCCAAGUCCUGCAUGUAGAGGUGGUUUUGGAAAAUAAUCAUCUCUCACUUUCUAUACAUAUAUUGACGAUAUUUAAAUAAUGUAAAAUACAAAAAUUAGUAAGUAAAAAAUCAUUACAACAAUGUAAGUUUACUGUAAUUUUAUAUGUAUAUUUGUUGUUUUCUUUAGAAUAAUCAUGAAUAGUAAUAAGUAUGAAGUAUAUAUAUGAAAUGUUUUUCAUAUAUAUGUAAUUUGAAAUCAGAUA